AUGAAUUGGGGAAAUACCAAAAUAAGUCUGCAGGAGAGCGCAAAAUACAGUAGCGUUAUAGAGCCUGAAUGGUCUGCGGCCGGGGACUCUAUUAAAGGCCUUUUAUUGGGAAUGUCUGCGGCGCCUCUGCUGCUAGUUUCAGUUUACUUUUUUAAAGCAAGCCCCAGAUUUUUCUCAAGAGAGCACGGGAUUUCUCUUCUGGCAUACAUAUCGUCGUCGUUCCUUGCGGCCCUGGGGGUUAUUUUAUAUGGCCUUCCCAUUGUGAUAACAUCGUUCCAAAUACUGCCUAUGCUGAACCAAGUCUUUGUUGCGUCAUUUACGUUUUCGCUGCAGUCUGCAGGCGCAAUAUUCCUCACGGUUCUGAGCAUAUACUUUUCCAUGGUUGGAUACCAAAAAAGCGAGCAGACCUCCUCGGUCAGCUGGCUUUCUUUGGUCCUUUUUCUGGCCGUGCUGGCGCUGGCAAUACUAAAGCUCACCAUGCACGGGGAGAGAGUAGGGCGGCACCUAAGUUUGGAGAAGCUUUCAGACCUAAUGUGCAUGUUGGUUCUUUCUGCAGAAUCCGCCAUAGGAUUUGGGGCGCUUUGUGCAUUUGCGUACAUAUUCAAUCUUUUUCUGCCUGCCGUUGCUCUUAUUACAAGCAUGUCUUUCCUGCUGGCCAUGGAGAAGGCGCUCUACUACUAUCCAGCCACUGCUGUGAUACCCGUCUUUACCGUGUUUCUUCGUGUAUUUGGCGCCAUUUUUUCUAUGCAAAUGUUCACAAACGCAUUCAACCCAGCUGUGGCCCUUUCACUGAUUUUGGGCGCCAUAUCCUCUCUUUUUCCAUUAAUAUUAGCAUAG